UUUCUCAGACUCAUUACAUACAGGUAGGCUUAUAGCUAUAUUGGGUUCACAUGGGCCUAUGUGCAAUAUAGAGACAAACGAAGCACGGGGAUCUGUGUUUGAUGCAGCCGGAUAACUAAUACAAAGCCAGGCUUACGGUUAAUGUAACCCCAGGCCUCAGUCUAACGAGGUUACAACCGCCUAAUGCCAUCUUCGGGCCUUCUCCCUCCCCCGCCGAGGCCUUGUCAGAGAAGGCGGCGCUCAGAGAGAGGCUUCCGGUUACUGUGAGCAGCUGAUCGCCGGCUUAGCAAGUCCCCGAGGCCGGGACAUAUCAUGCAACCUCCCGGGACAGCUUAGUUUACCAGAUCCCUGCUUCAGAGGCCUCGCAUUGAAUGUUAACCCGGGCCCAGCCACGGGGUGUAUGGCGGCCCUGUCCCAGCUGGUUGCCUGGCUCUCACAGUCCGCUGUUGUCCGCUCAUACGGAGUGUUCUCCAAGGGCCUGACCCGCACCUUGCUUAUCUUCUUCAACCUGGCCUGGCGGCUGCGGAUCAAAUUCCCUUAUUUGUACGUUAUCGCCUCCAUGAUGCUGAAUGUCAGACUGCAGGUACAGCAGGGGCUGGAAGGGGAUCAGACUGUAUAGGUUCAUAUUGAGAUUCACUGACGUCUGUAUGUGCUGUAAGAAGGAAUGAAAACUUCCCUGGACACAUUGUCAUGGGUGCAGAACCUUCUGGAAAUAAGUUCGGACAUAAAGAAAAUUCAGAUGGCUCUUGCUUGAGUGAAGAUGUCUUUGAUGUUGUGAUAGACCCAGCUCAGGCCAUGCAUCUCCCUCUAUAUAAUAACAUCAAAUAUCGUUUUACUAGUUUACAUAGGACUAUUUUACCUCCAGCGUCCAGGAAACAUAUUUUAGUUCAACAAUUCCUUUUGCGUAAUACUUGCAGGUGUAGAUCCAUAAAGACACAGCCGAAUAUAGCUGGAUCUAUCCACGGCUUCAGAUCCUCUGCAAAAAUAAUUUUAGAAAACUGUUUAAAACUCAUUGAUUGGCUGGAAAGACCUCCGUUACUUUUCAAUGACCUCAUGAGCUGGAGGCGCAGUGCAUGUUUUGUACACUUCUGUCUUUCAGACCUUUAUAGUUCUCAGAAGUUCAAACCUUUACAGUUGGAAUUGAGAGUAAUUGAAAAAGAGUUGUACUUUCUGUCUAGUUUGGGUGCACUGUGUACUUGGGUUUGCAAUCAAUCAUGUCUGCUGCUUUAUUUAAACCUCUCUGUAGAGAAGAAGGCCAAUCUAUCUUGUGGGAUUAUCUCGUCCUUACAACUUCAGACACAAUAGAAAAGGAUGAGAGAAUGCCGUCUUCUGCAACUCGCACAAGUGACUCUGCUUUUGUUAUCAGUAGCAGUCUUUACAUUAAGUGACAGUCAAUAGUGCAUGACAGAUUGUUCUCCCAGUAAUAAAAUUAGCUUUUUAAAUGAUCAAUCUGGAUUAUGAGUUUUUAAAGCAUGAUUUGUUUACAUAAUUAUUUUGUCAAUGAAAGAAACAAUUAACUUUUUAUUGUAUGAAUCAUUUAUUAAAUGAGCAUUUUAUUUUGAAAAACAAUCGACUACUGGGAGCUAGCUGAACACAGGUGAGCAAAUGACAAGAAGCAUAUAUGUGUAGCCUCCCAGUAAUGUAUUGCUGCUUGGAAGCAGUCUUUAACUAUGCUUUUAAUUCCUCUGCAGUGGUUAAGCAUAUAUAUAUAUAUAUGCCAUAGUGCAAUAAUAAAAUAUAUAAAACACA